CCUCCCCAUCCCCUCCCUCCACUCCCUGCCUCCGCAACCGCUUCCUGCUGCACGGCUCCGCGCGUGGCCAUAUGGACCCCCUCGGGGCGGGCCGCGCGAGACCGAACCUCCGUGCGCCGCCGCGGCGUGCGCCGCGCCAUGCGGCCCUGGCGGGCCGCCGCGUGCCUCCUGGCCGCCCGCGGCGGCGCGGGCCUGAGCCUGCAGAGGGCCGAGGACUCGGCCGACGGCCACGGGCCCGAGUGCCCCCACGAGUCGUGCAGGGUGUCCUCCGUGUACCAGGGGCACAUCGAGAGGACGCGCGACGUCAUCGCAAGCUGGGAGGUGCGAGCCGCACCAGCUAAUGAUACGGACAGAGUCGCGGCCACCAUCUUCCAGCCCGAGACGCCCGAGGCCACCGAGCUGUUCAGCUACGCGAUCCGAGCGAACAUGCACAGGCUCGGGCCCGAGUGGGCGCUGCUCGUCUUCUACGGCAGCGAGGCGGGCCGCGAGAUGCUGGACGAGGCCCUCGGCAAGCCCCCCGGCAUCAUCUGGAGGCCCAUCAUGCUCAAGGGCAAGCGGCAGGAUAACAUCACCAAGCAGGAGGCGAACUGGUUCAGGCUGAGCAUGGACUUCUGGGGCCAGGUGCCCACGAACCUGCCCCACGUGCUGGUGUUCGAGUCGGACAGCCUGCUGCUGCGGGGCCCCGGCUGCGUGGAGGAGUUCUUCUCGGCGCUACGUGGGCGCGCCGUGGAACGCGAGCAAGAGGUGGGGCAGGAAGAUGGCCUUCCAGCAGGGAGGGAACGGCGGCCUCAGCCUGCGCCGCCGGGAGGACAUGGUCGCGGCGGUCCAGUCGGAGUUCAACACGAAGAACUUGGACUACGUCUGCGUGCACGCCGGCGGACAACCCGAAGAAGCCCUGCCCAGAGGGGAGGCCCAAGGCGAGGUUCCCGCAGAACGAGGACGGCGAGAUGGUGGAGAUGCUGACCCGCAUGGCCAGCGAGGGCGAGAGCCUGCACAGCGACCUGAACUUCCCCGGCCGCCGCCACGCUUUCAAGUUCGCCGUCGAGCAGGUGUUCCACCCCUCCCCCUGCGGCCUGCAUAAUCCGUGGGAGUACCUCACCGAGGAGCAGGCGGAGGAGCUCCUCGGGUCGGCGCAGAUGGGCUGAAGGCGGCCUCGUCGCGGUACGCUAAGAGUCGAAGAAGAAGAACGCCCAAAAAUAAAACAUGCCAUACACAUAAUCAACUUUUGGCGCUCCGCGCGGGCUUCUUGGAUCCGCGCUGGGCCCCCUCAGCCCUGGCGCGCGGAGCGCGCCGCC